CAGAGGAAACGAAAAUUACAAUUUAAAAAUAAAAGAUGAAUGUCAAUAGGUUAAAUUCUAUAGAAGAACUUUUAAACCAGCAAGCUGAAUUUUUUUCGCAUAAAAUUGAUUCGUUAGCGUUCGCAAUAUGCAUGGACAAGAUUGACCCUCUGGCUAAAUUUCAGGAUAAAUUCCACAUUCCAACAGUGAGUGAUGUUUUGGAAGGAGUUGGAAUUGAUAAAAAUGCGCUCAAGAAUAACACCGAAUCAGAUGAUACGGCCAUCUAUUUUAAUGGAAAUUCGUUGGGAUUGCAAAGCAAAUUAUCUGAAGAAUACUUGAAUAGUGAAAUGGAAAAAUGGGCAAAAUGGGGAUCCAUAGGAUACUUCAAAUCUAGGAGCCAAAAUGAUUUAAUGUGGUCUCGCAGCGAAGAUCACUUGAAAGAGGGGUGCGCAGACCUCAUCGGUGCCAAAAAAGAUGACGUAGCCUGCUUGAAUUCGGUUACCGUUAAUUUGCACCUCUUAUUUAUAUCAUUUUACAGACCAACGAAAGAGAGGUUUAUGAUUUUGAUGGAAGAUAAGGCAUUUCCAUCAGAUUUUUAUGCAGUUGAAUCUCAAAUUCGGCUGAAAGGAUAUGAUCCUAAACAUACCUUGAUAUGUUUGAAACCAAGAGAGGGCGAACACUGUCUUAGAAAUGAUGACAUUAUCGAAAAUAUUAAGAAUCUUGGGAACAAAAUAGCGCUGGUAUUUUUAAGCUCUGUGCAUUAUUACACUGGAGCACUUUUAGAUAUGGAAACCAUUACCACUGCUGGAAAAAUAAUGGGAUGCUAUGUAGGAUGGAAUUUAACUCAUGGAAUCGGUAACGUUAAAAUGAAUAUAAAUGAUUGGAAUGUAGAUUUUGCGAUAUGGUCUUCUUAUAAGUAUUUAAAUGGAGGUCCAGGGUGCAUCGCUGGAAUGUAUGUUAACGAAAAAUAUAAACACAAUGAUUUCCCUAAACUUUUAGGAUGGUUUGGUCAUAAAUAUGAAACACGUUUUAUAAUGAAUAAUGUAUUCGACCCUGAACCUAGUCCAGAUAUCUAUAAAAUAAGUAAUAGUCCAGCCUUAUAUGUUAGUUUGUUAAGAGCAUCGCUUAAAAUAUUUCAAGAAGCUACUAUGGAUAAAAUUGUCGAAAAAUCUUAUUUAUUAACAGGGUAUUUAUACUAUCUCCUCAAAACAUCUUCUUUUUAUAAAAAAUAUUUUGAAAUUAUAACGCCUGAAGACCCUUCGAAAAGAGGAAAUCAAUUAUCAAUUCUCUUCAAUUCCUUCCUUGACGUCAAAAUGAUCUAUAAGGAAUUGACAAAUAAUGGCGUCGUGCAACAUCUAGGAGUUUCACAAUAUGCAAUGGACGAGGUCAAGUUCAAUGUUUUUAGAAACGAUUGGAAUAACUUUGAUUUUAUUUUUCCUAACAACUAAUAUACUGCGACAUUAGAGAACCAAAUGUUAUCAGAAUAGCUCCUGCUCCAUUGUAUAACACAUUUAGACAAGUUUAUAGAUUUUGUUUUAUAUUGUCAAAUAUCCUGGUUAAAACCCAAAAAUAAU